AGCAAUUGGGGGAGGUGGACCUGAAGCACCUUCGGUUGUGAUUGAAGAAGUGUAAACCAUGGGCCAGUAUGUGAACAACUUGCAGUUAUUGUGGGAAGUUGUGGCUGUUUACGUGAAGGAGUCCUGGUGGAACACUGAAGAUGUCCUAAGGACCUCUGAUCCGGCAAGAGAAGGUCUGAUGAAGGUUCAGUCAUUUGGGGAAAGGAUUGUGCUUUUCAUUCUGAACGUCGUUAUUUUUGGAAGACUGGAGAGGAAUUUGGAUGACGAUGACAUGUUUUUUUUACCUCACUCUGUGAAGGAGGAGGCUAAAAUUCUGUGGAGGGAUGGAGCAGCUGUUGGGUUUUACACAACCAAAAGGAAAGGCAGCCUGUGUGGCGACGGCACAGGCGUGUGCUACCUGCUGCCUGUCUUUGACACCGUGUUUGUGCGGAGGAGCCACCGCCGCCGGGGCCUGGGUCUGGCCAUGCUGCGGGACUUCUGCCAGACAUUCCGAGAGGACGAGGCCCUGGGCAUCAGCUGUCCCAUCUCCCCCGCCAUGUACCAAGUCUGUAGGAAGUUCCUGAUGGCCCAUCCAGAGGAGCGGGGGCGCCUGUGGGAGGUGGAGCCCCCAGGAGCCUGGGGCCAGCGAGGCAACAUCUGGCUGAAGGUUCAGCUUCAACAGUCAAGGCGUCCAGAUUCUUACCCAGGAAAUUCCACAGAGGAAGGGACUGCUCAUGGGCGGACUUCUCAAGACGAUGGGCCCAGACUCUUCCAUAACGGAGAAGACAACAAGGGGAGGAUCAGUGGAGACGAACUGGAGAAGAAAGAUGAAGAUGGCGCAGUGAAAGAAUCAGCGGGGUGGCUUGGAAGAGCCUGCUGGGCUGAGCAGGAGGGGAAGGAAGCCAAGAGGACGGCGGUGGUCGCCGGGCUGCCCGCAGGGUCGUGGCAGAAGCACGUGCGGCCCAGCUUCUAACUCCUGACUCCCAGAGGCUGAGCUGAGUCCACCGAGAGGCUUGCCUGGGCCCCAGGGGACGCGGGUUUGAGAGCUGUCAGUCCUCGCUCCUGUCGCCGGGAGCUGGCCUCUGUCCUUGCUGUGCGGUCCUUUGAGGAGCAAAGGACCGCACACCCCCCCUACCUCAGGCUUGACGUGGGGGCCCAGGUGAUGGGAAGCCUGAGAAGCGCGUCAUUUAAUCCCAAAGCGCUACACAGGGGCAAGUAAGCAUUUUCCCACGCUCGGAUUUCAGAAGCCCAUCCGUUACCCCUAACGUGGUUUCUGUGACUCAGGAUGAAUUUGUGAAGACCGCACUGAAGCCACAUGACUGCGCCUCUUCCUUUCGCACCGGGACGCUCAGGGCCGCCCCGUCCGCACGGCGAAAGUCCCUCUGGGCUCUGCCCACGACAGCCCUGCUCUAACGGCGAGAUCCCUGACCCCAGAGGGGCUUCCGAGGGGACGCGUUUCUUUCCGGAGAAGCUUCAGCCACGUAGGCAGGCCCCCCCCCGCCGCCCCCCAGGGCAGGGCCAGGCUGCCUCGCAGACGCCUAGGCCUCUGGCUCACGUCUGGCUGGUGCAGGAGGCGCUCAGAGUGGGCUGCAGGCGGGCACCGGGAUCGCAGCAGCACCUACUGCCCGGGGGAGGCGCUGGAGGGGGCUUCCAGCUGACGGCCCUUCUAGAGUAUUGGGGCCUUCAGUGGACAGCCGUGUGCUAGUAAAGGUGGCCGUAAAGGUGACCGCCUGGCCUGCACAUGAGCUACCCCCCCUUCCUGCCUACA